CUUCGCUCCUUUCAAAGAGAAGUUGUAGUAAUUUUCUCCUCAACUUUUCCACUGAAGUUUACUUUCUCAGGACUUGCCAGACGCUUAUGGGAAACUCGGAGCCGCAGCCAUGAAGCUGUGUGGGACUUUUUUAGAAAAUGAAUACCGGGGGAAACUCCUGAACCAGCGCUGGACGCGAGGAGACAAGAUCAGUCGCUGCCGGCCCUCUCUCAGACUGCAGAGCCGACCAAUCAAAAUGAGUUUGGAUACUGAUGACAAGCGCACUCGCUCACGGUCCAAAACAGGAAAAGUUCCCUCAGAGAUUGUGGGACAGGAGCUGAGCUGCCCUACUCCAGGAUGCAAUGGCUCAGGCCAUAUCAGUGGCAAAUAUGCCCGACACAGAAGUGCUUUGAGUUGCCCAUUGGCCAGAAAGAGGCGCUUACAGGAAGCAGAGUCAGAGCAAACUGCUUCCAAGAGGAAAUCUCACCCGUUAAAGCUGACGAUGGAUGAAGGAUUCAAUGCAGAGAGUGAGGGGAGCGGAGAGGAGACGGAGUUGAGGGAAGAAGAGGAGGAGGAUGAAGAACAGGUGAAACAGAAACCUUGUGAUCAAGUACGUGUUGAAGAGGAGCAAGUGAAACAGAACACAGAAACUGCCAAUACAGAGGAGGAAGAUGCUGAUGAAGAGGAGUGCAUCAUAAUUGAGGCGUCCAGCACAGAGAAGCCCAAGCUCUCAUCCUCUGAGGAUCUCUCUAACUAUCAGCACAUAGUGUCCAACUCAAUGACGCACCUCAACAACCACAACAACGGUGCCAUGUCACCCCAACAACAACAGUCCAUCACAGUGGAAGAGAAAGAAGGAAAUGAAACAGAGGAAAUAAGGAACCAAGGAGUUCUGAUGUCUAAAGAGAAUGGAGUGAUGAAAGGUGAAGAAGAGGACAUGCACACUGAGAGUCAGAGGGAGUCAGACCAUCAGUAUUUUACUGAGGAGAUGGAGACACAACACGCCGAAGAAGAAGAAGAUGAUGAUGAUGAUGAUGAAGAAGAUGAUGAUGAUGAUGAUGAGGUGUUGAGAUCUGAGAUUAAAAGAGAAGGGACAUACAAGGAAGUUAAGUCUGAAGAGGAAGUGGAGAGAGAAACCAGCCCUUCGGUUGUCACUGCCACUCAGGGAUGUCACGUAAGGGAAGACUAUGUUUCUCACAAACUUACAUUGCCAGAAAGCUACAGCUUUAGUAAAGCUGCCACGGCAUCUCCUGUGGUUAUCGAACUGCAGUCUGAGGAGUCAGAGAGGGAUGCUGACUUGGAAGGUAACGAUGACGAUGGGGAUGACGACAGUUUGUCUCAACGAUCGACGGUUGCGGACGAGUCUGAGAUGUUCGACAUCAUGCGGGGGAACUUGGGGUUGCUGGAGCAGGCCAUUGCUUUGAAAGCCCAACAGGUCAAAGCUCAUCGUGAGCUCAGCCGCAUUCCCGAACACCACCGUUUCUUUCCUCUCGACGACCGGUCCGGCAAACACAUGGAACAUAUCCGCAAGAGCUGCUUUGGAAAAGAGAGUUCUAGAUCAGAGAAGCGAGAGAUCAAAUGCCCAACCCCCGGGUGUGAUGGAACGGGUCACGUGACAGGACUCUAUCCCCACCACCGCAGUCUGUCAGGCUGCCCACACAAAGAUCGGAUCCCUCCAGAGAUUUUGGCCAUGCACGAGAAUGUCUUGAAGUGCCCAACACCAGGCUGCACUGGUCAGGGUCAUGUCAACAGCAACCGAAACACACAUCGCAGUUUGUCCGGAUGUCCCAUCGCUGCUGCCGAAAAACUUUCAAAGACUCACGACAAGCAACACCUGCCCCAGCCUAUGGCCGAGCACAUCAAGGGCAGCCCAAACUCUGACCGUAUUCUCAGGCCCAUGUGUUUUGUGAAGCAGUUGGAGAUUCCUCCGCACGGCAGCUACAGGCCUAGCCUCGUACCCACCACACCGCGCGCUAAUCUGGCAAAGGAGCUGGAGAAGUACUCCAAGGUGUCCUUCGAUUAUGCAAGCUUCGACGUGCAGGUGUUCGGCAAGCGCAUGCUCGCCCCAAAGAUGCACACCAGCGAAACUUCACCCAAAGCCUUGAAAUCUAAACCUCCAUUCCCCAGGGCCUCCCCCCCAAGUCCCAGCUUGCAUGGUGGUUAUGGAAAAAGCUCCUCCAGCAGCUACGAUUAUUCCCAUGAUGCCGAAGCUGCUCACAUGGCCGCCACUGCAAUCCUCAACCUGUCCACACGCUGCUGGGAGAGACCAGAGAACCUCAGCAUCAGACACCAAGAUAAGAGUAUGGAAAUUGAGGUGGAUGAGAAUGGCACCUUGGACUUAAGCAUGAAGAAGCCCAUAAAGAGAGAAACGGGCAUGUCUUGUGCCAGCCCUGAAGUGCGUUCCCCUGAUCUGUCUUCAUCAUCUUCAUCAUCAUCUUUUCACCAUGGCAACAGCAGCAUCUCACCCCACUCUUUACACACCCACAAACAAGAAGAGUGGGAGGGGCCUCUGGACUACACCAAACCCAAUCGACAGAGAGAAGAGGAGCUAGAAGAGAUGGACCACAGCACUCAGUCAUUUGCUUCUUCUGACCCUGAGGAUUGCGACAUGAUGCAGGACAGCCUUGAGGACAGGAAGUACCCCGGAGAGGUCACAACCCCCAGCUUUAAGGUCAGGUUCCAGCCCAAGGACAACAAGAAAGAGGUCCUGCUGUGUCCCACUCCAGGCUGUGACGGCAGCGGACACAUCACCGGAAACUAUGCAUCGCAUCGCAGCCUGUCUGGGUGUCCUCUCGCUGAUAAGAGUCUUCGGUCCCUCAUGGCAGCACACUCAGCUGAACUUAAAUGUCCAACUCCAGGAUGUGAUGGUUCAGGCCAUAUCACUGGUAACUACGCAUCUCACAGAAGUUUGUCUGGGUGUCCACGGGCCAAGAAAGGUGGAAUAAAAACAACUCCCAUCAAGGACGACAAGGAGGACUCCGAGCUCUUAAAAUGCCCAGUGCCAGGUUGUGACAGCCUAGGUCACAUCAGUGGGAAGUAUGCCACUCACCGCAGUGCGUAUGGAUGCCCGUUGGCGGCCAGGCGACAGAAGGAGGGUUUGCUGAACGGGUCUCCAUUCUCAUGGAAGGCCUUUAAGACAGAAGGCCCAACCUGUCCCACACCAGGAUGUGACGGAUCAGGACACGCCAACGGCAGCUUCCUCACACACCGCAGUCUCUCAGGCUGCCCCAGAGCCUCCCUCAACAAGAAGAAAGCCAAGUUCCCCGGAGAAGAGUAUCUCAGCACUAAGUUCAGAGCCAGUGAUGUGUUAGACAAUGACGAAGACAUCAAGCAACUAAAUAAAGAAAUCAGCGAGCUCAAUGAAUCCAACAAUGAGAUGGAGGCAGAUAUGGUCAACCUUCAAACACAGAUUACAUCCAUGGAAAAGAACCUGAAAAACAUCGAGCAAGAGAAUAAGGUGAUUGAAGAACAGAAUGAGGCAUUGUUUAUGGAGCUGUCUGGACUCAGUCAAGCUCUUAUACGGAGUUUGGCCAACAUCCGUCUGCCUCACAUGCAGGAGCCAAUCACAGAGCAGAAUUUUGAGAGCUACGUGAGCACCCUGACCGACAUGUACACCAAUAAGGACUGCUACCAAAACCCAGAGAACAAGGCCCUUCUGGAGACCAUCAACAAGGCAGUGAAAGGCAUUAAGGUCUGACUAAGCCAAAAGACGAGGAUGAGAAGCAGAAGCGUGGAAUAGAAAUAGAAACGUGGAGCCAUUGAGAAGAGCAUACAAAUGACACACAAAAAGGGCAUUCAGGUUUUUUUGAACAACAAUCCUAAACCUUCAUCCCAGGGAGCAUUCUGUGAGUUCAAAAAGAGGUAUAUAAUAUAUAAUACUGUGAGGACCAAAAUCCACAAAAGCUGCUGGAUUGGAAGGCGAAGAUGGAACCAAAUCCUUUAUUUACGGAGGAAAGGAGACACACAAACAUAGUUUUCUUUACAGUUUAAGUUGUUUUACAUUCAAACAGUGGGAAGUUUUGGAAGAAGAGGAAUCUGGGAAUAGAACAUCCAGAAGAUGUGCAGCCCUGGCUUUAGGCGAAAGAGAGUCUUUUACUCAUUUGUGAGGACGCUGCUCCUCUGAAAACAACAAAAGUGACGCUCUAAAUACAAGUGAUCCCUACGUGAGCCCCAGCAGAACAGACAUAUGUAGUGUUUGCUCCUCUUUCCUUCUUUUCCAGAAGAAAACCGAAGCGUUUUUGGGUCGUGGUGAAAUG